GGAACUUUGAAAGUUCCCGACUCUUACAACGCGCGGAUCAUGGACGGAUAUCAUGUGCAGAGCCAGGACAGCAGCAACUACCACAACGUUGGCUAUCAACAGCAGCAAACAGCUCUGCAGCACACACACUUGCAGCCACAUCAGUACCAAUCGCAGCAUCACCAUCACAGCCAUCACGGCGGCCACCAUCAGCAGCAGCACCACACGAACCCGAACGUUGGCUACACGACGCUAAACUACGCCCAUUCGGAUGCCGGAUUCGUUUCUCCGCCGCCGUCACCCCGAUCCAACAGCUCGCUAGCUUCCUGUGCGUCCUCUUCCUACUCGACGGCUUCUUCAUCGUCGUCGUCGGCCGUUUCAUCGGCUAGGUCGACCUCUUCCGGACUUUCGUCGGCUGGUUCGGAGAAUGGCUCUUCGUACGAAAAUCUGGACAAUUCGGCUCAAAGGUUGGCCGUGCUGUCUUUUGAGCAGGUCUGCAAACUGGACGAUGUACUGAACGAACCGAUCUCGAUCCAUGGUCGUGGCAACUUUCCCACGUUGGAAGUUAAGUUGAAGGAUCUGGUUAACAUUGUGCGCGAGAAGCUGGAGACCGAUAUCGCCUCGGGUGGAGCCGGAAUGACUGUGAAGGAUAUACGCUUGAAUGGGGGCGCUGCUAGUCACGUGUUGGCCUCGGAAGCCCAGCCAUACAACGAUUUGGAUUUGAUCUUUGCGAUUGAGUUCAGCUCGAAUCGGCACUUCGAUCGGGUUAAGUCGGCCGUACUGUCAUCGCUGCUGGAUUUGCUGCCGGAAGGUGUUGUGAGGCGGAGGAUAACUCAGUGUUCGCUGAAGGAGGCGUACGUUGGAAAGAUGGUCAAGGUCAACAAUAACAAUGACGGCGACCGAUGGAGUCUGAUCUCGCUGGGAAAUUCGCCUGGGCACAAGAACGUUGAACUGAAAUUUGUCGAUACCAUGCGUAGACAGUUCGAGUUCAGCGUGGAUUCAUUCCAGAUCGUUCUGGACUCGCUGUUGAUGUUCUACGACUGCACAGAGAAGACCAUGAUCACGGAGAACUUCUAUCCUUCGGUGGUUGGGGAAUCGGUUUAUGGGGAUUUCCAGGAAGCUCUGUACCACUUGCAGAAGAAACUCAUCUCCACGAGGCAACCGGAGGAAAUUCGAGGCGGUGGACUAUUAAAGUAUUGCAAUUUGCUUGUGCGGAACUAUAUUCCAGUUGAUCCCCAGAAAAUCAAAACCCUGGAACGUUACAUGUGCUCCAGGUUCUUCAUUGACUUCCCGGAUAUCGAUCAGCAAAAGAUCAAGCUGGAGGCGUAUCUGAAGAAUCACUUCUCGGGUGAGGCAGAGGAACAUCUGCAAUACCAGUACCUGAUGCAUUUAUUAGACGUUGUUGAGCAGAGUACAGUGUGUCUGAUGGGCCACGAGCGUCGGCAGACCCUAAUGUUGAUCCAAUCGCUGGCCAUGCAGGUGCUGUACCGUGAUCAGCCCCAGAAUCAGACCAUCAUUACAACCACGAGUGCAGUCCCUCAGCACACGACCACACUUCAGCUGCAGCCACUGCAGACCCAGCUCUCGCAGCUCAGCUUACAGCCUCAGCCACAUUCACCGAUUCAGCAGACUGUUAUCCACCAUCAUCAUCCGCAGGCCUCGCCCCAGACGCAAACUCUCCAGCUCCAGCACACCCAGCAAACGCAACCCGGACAGCAACAGCUUCAACAUCAGCCACAGACCAUCUCCCUAACGCCCCAGCCGGGCGGUCUUCUCUACGCCAACGGAAUGUUCUACGCCCCGGUCAUCCCGACCACGCUCUGCACCUGCAACACCACGUGGCUAACGACGUGAUCACCGACCACCAACGACGAUCAACAGCAUCGCAACAGCCAAUUAGCCACUAACAAUAGCAACAUCAACAGCAACACCACCACUAACGUCAGCAUCAACUGUAAUGAAGCAGCAACAGCAGCACCACUGCUAGUGGGAUCCAUCAUCGGCUACAGCAAUCCAGCGACUCUGCUAUCACAUCAACAACAUCAACAGCAGCAACUGUCAACAGCAGACUCGUAUCCAGUCCUGUGCUCAUCGCCAAGUUGUUGUCCAGGCUUCGACAACUACAGUAAUCAACCGUCGUCGGCGCCAACAAUAAUCGACUACGAGUACUAUUCGCCGGCCAACAUCCUCAUGAUCGCGGAACGAUGAUCAUCUCGUUCCGAAAACGAACGCGAACACACGCACACACUUUGAAGAACGAUUCGACUACUUUGAUUGAAGCAUAUUGGUUGCUUGGUUAUAUUGGAUUGAAACUUGUCACACACACACUGAGAGAAAAAUAAACAACUAUUACUACGCAUUUUGCAUGGUCGUUUUGACGUUGCUAUACCAAGAAGUAACAAAAAAAAUACAAGAGACGCUAGCGCUACUCAUAAAUCGUACCUUUCUUCGGAUUCGACAAAUGAAUAUGGUGAUGGCAAGUUUCAAUCCGAUAAAUUGGUUAACUUAAAAAAAAAAAUGGAUUUAUAAAGGGAUGUAAAAAUGGGAAGUUUUCAACAGGCAGCACUGUCAAUUUUGAGUAGGGAAUUUAGAAUUUUUUUUUUGAUUUUAUUGCGGAAAAGAUUUAAAAAGUAGAUUUUCUUGAAGUUAUACUCUUUUUUAAAUUUUGUACUUAUUUUUUGAAACUGAAACUUUUGACAGUUUUUUUUAAAAUAAUCUCUUAUUUUGAUCAUAGGUUGAAAAAAUCGAAAGAAUUUUUCGUUUAUUAAAAUAAGUCAACCAAUCAAGGUAAACAAACAAAUCUUUGGAUACAAAAAAAAAUCUUAUUCAAAAUCUAUUCAUCAUCCUUCAGCCAAAACAUGUUUGAAAUUCGUAAAUAUUCUUUUUUUUUAAUAUGACGUUUGAAAAAUCUCAUUUCGACUUUUUUAAUUUCAAUAUACAAAUUUAUUUUUUUUUUCUGGUAUCACUGAAGGACGUUUCUGAGCUUGAAAACAAAAACUGAACUUCAUAAUUUUUUUUUAUCAGAAAUCAAAAUAUGGUCAAUUCAGCAUAAAAUUGAUAAUUGAUUGAACACUUUUGAUUUGAAUACCUUAGAUUGAUUAUUUAGUGUUGCCAAAAUUGUUUACAGUGUUUCGAUAAAGGUUGUUUCUUUUAGUAACAAACCUAUUGAUCAAAACUUCCAGAGAUAUUUUAUUAAAAAUGUACUGCAUAUUUGGAUUAUACAAAUCACUUCUGGAACUCAGUAAGAAGGAAAAAAGUUAAUUUUGUAGACCUGUAUAUUAAAACAGAAUCGAAAUUUUGGAGUCAAAUUCAGAAUGCAAAUCCGAAUCCAAAGUAAGAUUUCGAAGUUAAACUCUUUUUUUUUAAGAUAAAAUUAAAGCUAAACUCCAGAGAAAGAUCUCAGAGUCAAAUUUCGAAGUCAAACUUCGAAGUCAGAUUUCCAAAUCAGAUUUCGAAAUUGAUUCGGAAGUCAGAUUUCAAAGUAAGACUCAAAAGUCAGAUUUAAAAUAUAAUUCCGAAGUCAGAUUUCGAAGUAAGAUCACAAAGUCAAAUCUCAAAAUCAAAUUUCGAAGUCAGAUUUCAAAGUAAGAUUUCGAAAUCAGGUUCUAGAGUCAGAUUCCGAAGUCAAAAUCUAAAGUCCGGUUUCAAAGUUAGAUUUCGAAGUCAGAUUCUGAUAUCAGAUCCCGAAGUCAGUUUUAGAAGUCAGAUUCGAAGUCAUUUUUCGAAGUCAGAUUCCAAUGUCAGAUUCCAAUAUCAGAUUUCAAAGUUAGAUUUCGAAAUCAGAUUCCAUAGUCAGAUUCCGAAGUCAAAAUUCAAAGUCAGAUGUAGAAGUUAGAUUCCAAAGUCAGAUUUUGAAGUCAGAUUUCGAAGUAAGAUUUUGAAGUCAGAAUAAAAAGUCAAAAUUGGAAGUCAGAUUCCAAAAUCAGAUUUCGUAGUCAGAUUCCGAAGUCGGAUUUAGAAGCCAGCUUUCGAAAACAGAUUCUGAAGUCAGAUUCCAAAGUCCGAUUCCGAAGUUAGAUUGAGAAGUCAGAUUCGAACGUCAAACUCCCAAGUCAGAUUUCGGAGUCGAAUUUCGUAACGAGGUCAGAAUCCGAAGAAAUCUGAAGUCAGAUUUCAAAGUAAGAUUUCGAAACCAAAUUCAAGAGUCAGAUUCCGAAGUCAAAAUUCAAACUCAGAUUUCGAAGUUAGAUUUCAAAGUCAGAUUUCGAAUUCAGAUUUCGAAGUCAGAUUUCGAAGUAAGAUUUUGAAGUCAGAAUAAACAGUCAAAAUUCGAAUUCAAAUAUCAAAGUCAGAUUCCAAAAUUAGAUUUCGUAGUCAGACUCCGAAGUCGGAUUUAGAAGUCAGUUUUCGAAAUCAGAUUCUGAAGUCAGAUUCCGAAGUAAGUUUCCAAAUACAGAAUCCGAAGUAAGAUAGAAAAGUCAAAUUCCGGAGUCAGACUUCGAAGUCAGAUUUCAAAGUGAGAUUCCGAAGUCAGAUUUAGAAGUCUGAUUCCGAAAUAAAAUUUCGAAGUCAGAUUCCAAAGUCAAAUUUCAAAGUAGGAACUGAAAGUAGGAUCUCGAAGUUAGAUUUCGAAGUCAGAUUUCGAAGUUAGAUUUCAGAGUCAGAUUUCGAAGUUUGACUUUGAAAUCCGAUUCCGAAGUCAUAUUUCGAAGUCAGAUACCAAAAUCAGAUUCCGAAAGCAGAUUUCGAAGUCACAUUCCAGAGUUAUAUUUUGAAGUCAGAUUCCGGAAUCAGAUCCCAAAGUCAGAAUUUGAAGUAAGAUCUCUAAGUCGGAUCUCAAAGUCAGACUUCGAAGUAAGAUUUUGAAGUCAAAUUCCGACGUCAGAUUUCAAAGUUAGAUUUUGAAAUCAGAUUACAGAGUCGAAUUUCGAAGUCAGAGUCCAAAUUCAGAUUUCGAAGCUAUAUUUCGAAGUCAGAAUUCAAAGUUAGACUUUGAAACCAGACUCCGAAGUUAGAUUUGGAAGUCAGAUAUUGAAGUCAGAUUUCGAAGCAAGACCUUAAAGUCUGAUCUCAAUGUAAAAUUUCGAAGUAUGAUUCCAAAGUCAGAUUUUGAAGUCCAAUUGCGAAGUCAGAAUCCGAAGUCAAAUUCCGAAGUUAGAUUUCAAAGUCAGAUUUUGAAGGCAGAUUUCGAAGUCAUAUUUUGAAGUUAGAUUCCGCAGUCUGAUUUCAAAGAAAGAUUUCGAAAUCAGUUUUCAGAGUCAGAUUCCGAAGUCAGAAUCCAAAGUCAAAAUUUCAAGUAAGAUUCUGAAAUCAGAUUUUGAAAUCAGAUUCCGAAGUCAGAUUCCAAAGUCAAAAUUCGAAGUCAGAUUCCGAAGUCAAAUUCCAAAGUAAGAUUUCGAAGUGAGAUUUUGAAGUCAGAUUCCAAAGCCAGAUUUUGAAGUCAGAUUCCGAAGUAAGAACUCAAAAUUAGAUAUCGAAGUCAGAUUUCAAAGGUUAGAUCACGAAAUUAGAUUCCAAAGUCAGAAUCUCAAGAUAAAAUUCGAACAUUGAUUUUAAAGUCAGAUUCAAAAAUCAGAUUUCGUUGUCAGAUUCCAGUUUUAGAAGUAAAAUUCGAAGCCAGAUUUCGAAGUCAGAUUUUGAGGUCAGAUUCCGAAAACAGAUUUCAAAGUAAGAUUUCAAAGUCAGAUCUCAAAUUCAGAUUUCGAAGUCAGAUUUCUAAGUCAGAUUUCGAAGUCAAAUUUCGAAGUCAGAUUUAGAAGUCAGAUUCUAAAGUCAGAUUCUAAAGUCAGAUUUUGAAGUCAGAUUCCGAAGUCAGGUCUCAAAGUCAGAUUUCGAAGUAAGUUUUCGAAGCAGGAUUUCCUAGUAAGUUUUCGAAGUCAGAUUCCAAAAUCAGAUUCCGAAAUCAAAUGCCAAAGCAAGAUUCCAAAGUCAAAUUUCGAAGAAAGAUCUUAAAGUCAGAUUUCGAAUUAAGAUUUCGAAGUCAGAUUUCAAAGUCAGAUUUCGAAGUCAGAUUCUGAAGUCAGAUUUUGAAGUCAGAUGUCGAUGUCAGAUUCCAAAGUCAGAUUUUGAAGUCCAAUUCCGAAGUCAGAUUUCGAAGUAAGAUAUCAAAGUCAAAUCUAAAAGUCAGAUUUCAAAGUAAGAUUUCGAAAUCAGGUUCUAGAGCCAGAUUUCGAAAUCAGAAUCUGAAGUUAGAUUUCAAAGUAAGAUUUCGAAGUCAGAUUUCGAAGUCAGAUUUCGAAAUCAGAUUCUGGAGUCAGAUUCGAAGCCAGAUUUUGAAGACAGUUUACGAAAUCAGAUUUUGAAGUCAAAUUCCUAAGUCGGAUUUUGAAUUCAAUUUCGAAGUUGGAUCUCGAAGUCAGAUUCCAAUGUCGGAUUUCGAAGUCAGAUUUUUAAAUAUGAUUUCAAAGUCAGAUUCCGAAGAUAGAUUUUGAAGUCAGAUUCCGAAAGAUUUCGAUUCAUAUUUCAAAGUAAGAUUUUGGUUUAUAUUCCAAAGUAAGAUCUCAACGUCAUAUUUCGAAAGAAGAUUACGAAGUCAGAUUCCGAAGUUAGUUUUCAAAGUUAGAUUUCGAAAUCAAAUUCCAGAGUCAGAUUCCGAAGUCAGAAUCCAUAGUCAAAAUUCGAAGUCAGAUUACAAAGUCAAGUUCCGAAAUCAGAUUCUGAAGUCAGAUUCUGAAGUCAAAAUCCGAAGUCAGAUUCCGAAGACAGAUUUCGAAGUCAGAUUCCGAAGACAGAUUUUGAAGUCAGAUUCAGAAGUCAGAUUCCGAAGUCAAAUUCUGAAGUGAGAUUACAAAGUCAGAAUUCGAAGUCAUAAGAUUCCGCAGUUAGAUUUUGAAGUCAGAUUUCGAAGUCCAAUUUGAAAUGCCGAAAUCAGAUGCACACUCAAGAUUGAAAUUUUUUUCAAUUGGUGAAUACAGGCUUGAAAUUCAGAUUUUGAAGCUGGAAUUCCGAAUUUUAAAAUCGAAUCAAAUUUUUUUAUUCAGUUUUUCUAUCCAUUUUUAUUUCAAUUUUCAUCACAUAUGAAAAUUUAUUUCAGUAAAACAUAUCAUUUUGAACGAAAGAUCGUCUAUACAACAAAAAUUGAAAUAUUUUUUAUUUUUUAUUUUCAUUUUAAAAGUACUUUCUUUGAAUACUUGAAAUACUUUAUAGAAAUAAAAAAUGAGAAAGAUAACUGAACUUCAAAAUAAAAACUAGUGAUUGCAUUAGCCAGUAGUACAUUGUGAUAGCACAACGCCAUCUGUUGUAGGGUAGUCAAAACAUUAAAGUUUAAAAAUAUUUUAAAAUUCAUAUAAAUGAAAAUUUGACCAUUACAACAUGUUGAGGGGGAAAUAAAUUAAACAUCCCCCCAACUUGUUUAUGUGUAAAUAUUGUACAUUUAAAGUGGAACUAUUUUAACCCGAGCAUGUGUACUAGCUGUUGACAUGUAGAUAUCUCUCAAUAUUCAAAACUUUACAACAAAUGUGUAAAAAUAAGAUUAAUAUUUCCGUGAGCUACACUUAAGUGCAUGUGUUUGUGAAAUAUAACGUGAAAAGUAAUGAAGAAUUUUUGAGAAAAAAAGCAAUCGUCUUAAUUAGUGUUCAUUCGAGAAGUGAAAAAAUUGAAAAGUUCAUUUUUAAGAUGGUAUUUUUGACUUUUUGUUAACAUGGAAUCGUAGAAUUUUUUUUUGAAGAUUUGUUGGGCUUCUUCAUUUGGAAAGAGUUUCAAAACUGUAGAAAGUAUUGAAAAUGUAUGGAAAAUUAAUUGACAAAAAAUAAAUUAGUCUAUGAAGCAGAGUUGUAGCGAAAAUUUCUCAAAGGAACUGUGCGUGUGUUCGUGUGAAGGUUGACAUUUUGCACCAAACAAAAAAAUCACGAUCGAUAAAGUAGAGCGCUUGGCACUGUGGCCGCCGAUAUGUUGAAAACUGAGACUGUUAUUAUUACUAUUAUCUGUUUUCCAACCAACUGCGACGUCAGAGUUGCGCGAAAAGUAGAGCUGCAAGCAAAAGUCGAAAGCUCUCCGCUAGAAUCCAGCUCGAUGGACGACGAGAGCUUUCCGGGCCCAGAUUUUUUUUUUGGAUCAAAACCGAGGCGUAGAGACUCAACUAUACUACUGUAAAGUAACAAAUCAAGAAAAGUUAAAAAAUGCUAAAAAUGUUAUAAAAAGGCUGUGUUUAUUCCCCUUGUUUAUUGUUUGUAGGAAAUUUUCCUUUGUUUACUUUCUAUCGUCUCAAAAUAAUGAUUAAAGAAAAAAAAGCAAGUAAAGCAAGAUUUCUCAUUCGCCCGGAUUUUCUGUUGUUUUCAUUUUAAUUUCCUUUGUAACCUUUGAGAUACUUACUUGAUACGGACGAUGCGAAGCAAGAUUGUUUGAGUGUAAAUUCGGGUUAAUUAUGUAUGGAAUCCUACAACAAGAGUUUAAUAGACUGUCCGCAACAUGAUUCGGAAAACGAAUGCCGUCUUGUCGAGAUCGAAAAAGAGAAAAAUUAGCAACAAUAAAGAAGUAAAAGGUAAACCUUUAGGAUGUGUGAGGAAGUCAGACACAUCUAUUCCAGAUUUGCAGCAAUUCUGGCAACACUGAACAGCUGUCAAAGUGUGACAGAUUAAAGAGAGAGAAAGAGGAAAUAAGAAAUACUAAGAAAAACAACGCGCGAAGCAAGCUGCCAAAAAGAGGGCGGCAAUAUUAUACUAAACUGAAGAAAAUAAAGAAAAAGUUUAAAAACAAAACAAUAGAUAUGAACAUGAAGUUUUUUAAAAACUGUCUAGUGACUACAAAAUUAUUGAAAAGAACCAUUACGAUAGUUGCAUAUUACUUUGUAGAUCAUUACAUUCUCUGUGAUUAGAAAAAUCGAAAAAGGAGGAAAAAAACGAAAAACUAUGAAAACCUUAACCAUAAAAAUCAUUUUUUUGAUACUGUAACUAUAAUUUAAAUUUCAAUUCAUUCUACUUACGAGAUAAUUCAGCAAGCGAUUAUUGAAUGACGCAUGGAUUUAAAAUACCCACAAAUUUAUGAGAAAUGAAAUAAAAAACACACAUGAAUUACUGUAAUUUUAAUUAAAUAAAAAACCAUUUGACUAAGUUAUGAGCCACAUGCUGAAUAAUUGAUAGAUUUUAAACCUACAAGCUUCUUUGAAAACGAAUAAAAAAACAAAAACAAUGAAAUGCCCUGAGGAGGAAAACACUCAAAAAAAGUUUUUAAGUACUACUAGUUGGUUUGUGUCCAUGGAAUUAAACAAUAAACUCUCAGAAAAACCUACAAAAAACGCUUUGUUUUAUUUCCGAACACUUGGAACGUCCCACCAUGCGAACGAAAAACAAAAUGCGCGCGCACCUUUAAUCCACUCGGUCGAUAAAGAAGAAUCAGACAAAUGCCAGCCAGCCAUUUGUCGGCCUCUCUCUUCCUUCUUUAAAAGAGCAACGCCCAUCACAAGAACCCCAAGAGACGAGAGGACCCUUUGUUUUGAAAGAGAAAACACAUCCGAGUAAAAGUGUGACAAAAAAAAACCAACAUAAACUCGAUAAACAACAUCUUACUGACUCAUCUGACUCUUAGUUGUCAACGAAAAAUCCUUUUGCCGCAUCUUAAAACCACCAUACUGUAGCUAGUCCAAAACAAACAAACAAAACCAUCGAAAGAUCGGACGUUUCCGAGUGUUUUCCUCAAGUAACGAAACGAAACUGCGAAACGCGACUGACAGAAAACCAGCGUUCCUCGUGACAGCCACUCGUGCUGUCAAACAAAACAUAAAUAAACAAAAACAAAACACGCAAAAGAUGAAACGAAACGACGACUAUAGCAAAAGAUUAACUUGAAGGGACAAAAAGAAUAAACCAACAAAAUAAAUAAUGAAAAUCAAACUCGAGCGAAUAGUUUUGCAUUCCUUAUCAAUUUAGUUUUGUAAUCGAACUCGAUGCGAAAGAGAGAAAGAGAAAACGUAAAUUGAAGUUUAGUUUGUUAAGUUGCCAAAAUAAAAAAAAAACUUAUACAAAAAUUAAAGAAAUUAUCCGUCAGAAGCUGAUCUGUUAUGAAAGUUUUAAAAAAAGUCACAAAACAACCAACAGAAACGAAUUCGAUGGUACUUUUAAUCCUGUAAACAACAUUUGUAAACAAACUACUGCUACUGCAUUCAAAACUUAUGACUGUCAAACGUAAACAAACAAAUAAAAGAAAAAUACAGAAACCAAUAAAUAUAUAUUUAAAGAAGAAGAAAGUCAACCUAAAAGAAAAGCUCUAUAUUUUACACUACACCAAAACAAUCACGAAUAGACAAAAGAGAAACUAACAAAAGAAGCAGAAACGAAAACAAAGCAAAUCAGUGUCGAUAAAGCAGAUCGGACACUCUGUUACACAAUCAAAACCAUAAAAGCAUGCGUCUUCAAUCGUAGUAAACCAUGAAAUACACAAACAAUUUCAAAGCAUACUGAGGGAAAUAGACAAGGCAUGGAAAUAAAACAUAAACAAAAACAAACAGAACACAUAAUUUUAUCUGUACAUGAAGACAAAAACAAAAACCUAACCAAACUUUAGAAGCAACAAUUAUUACAGUUUCAGAUGGACAAAAAAUCGACAAACAUCCGGUUUGGAACAGUUCGGAGCUGUGUAUUACUACUCUCUAAUCGUAAAAUCUACCAUUAGACGAAGCAGAAGAAGCAAAUGAAAAAGCAUCGUGUGUUAUUCAGUGAUUUAAGAAGAAAUUAUCUACUUAAAUGGAAAAUCUUCAAACCAUCAGAUUCUCCAUUCACCAAGGCAACGGCUGCAAAACAGAAACAUAAAACGGUAAAACCGAUUCAAACAUAUAUUCAUAAUAAAAUCUAACAAACCAAGAGAAGCAAACAUAAAAAAAUCAUACCCAUACAAACAAAAUCAAAACAAAAACACACACACACACACACAUGAGGGACACAUCUUUUGAAUGUUCGAAAGUUAAAAAAGUUGAAGAUAAAAUAAAAAAAAAAUUGCAACAUUCGUUGCACGAUUGAAGUUUUUUUUGUUUUGUUAAGUUUGUCAAAGUGGAGAAAAAAAGGAAAGGAAUCUUAAUCCGAUUGUUGAGAGAUGUGUAUUUUAAUGAGGGAAGGGAGAAAACUUCCUAAACGAAGGGAAAAAAAAAAGUUUCGUUGCGAAAGGAGGAGUUUUGUUGUCGGAAUGUUGUGGUCUUGAUGUAACAAAACAAAUACAAAACAAAACAAACAAAUGAAGCAAAACAAGCAAAGUAGCAAAGAAAAGGAAUCAAAAGAUGUGUUCGUAUGCAAACAUAAGCUGAAUAUUAUUAUUAAUAUUAUGAAUAAAUAUUAUAUUAUAAAUAAAUAAAUAAUUAAUAAAAAAAAACACUAUGAAUGAAAGAAUGUGUCAUGUAAUGAGUAAUUUAAUUUACGAUAUGUGAAGAACAAGAUGAGUAAUAAAGAGUUUUUUUUCUGAAGAAAUACAAAUAAACCAUAAAACCAAA